GAUUAAUAUGCACCAUAUCAAAUCUGAAUCUGUCAAUUCUUUAACUUCGCAAAUAACUUCAUGUAGUAGUACUUCAUCUCUCAAUCAAACAACUACUCCAUUAAUUGUUCAAAUAUCAUAUCUGAAUCCCUCUGAAGCUACAGAUAAUUACCCUCAACCAUUGGACAAUGUAUCUCAAACUGAGACACCUAUAGUCUCUUAUUCUGGAUCAUUUAAAGAUAAAUUAAAUAGUCUCAAGAUGCAAGUUAUGAUGUUGGUUGAUAAUUGCAAGUUUCUUAAUGAUACAGCUUUACAAUGGUUUAUACGAUCCUUGUGUAAGCUUAAUGCCCAAGCAUGUGGUAUUCAACUUAAUGAAGAAUUUCAAGUGGCUGCUCUUGCAGACAUUAUAGUUUCAGCUGUUAAUUAUGUUUCUUUAUCACAAAUAAAGAAUAAUGAACGUAUUCAAUCUCAACUUCUUAUUUCUCUUUAUCAUAUGAUUGAUAAUUCUGAAUGGAUUUCUCUACGUUCGAGUAGUGGUGUUUAUGUUGAAGUUCAAAAAAUUAGACUAGAAACAUUAUAUAAAGUAUUAGAAACUUCUGGUAGAGCUGGAUAUUCUUUUACUUUUGGGUGGAAUGUUAUUUUAGACAUUAUUAAGAGUGUCUGCGUGUAUACUGGUUCUGGUGAAACUAUGGAAAAUGAUGCUGUUAGUGACGAUAGUCUUAGUAUAUUGGAUGAAUCAAUAUUUUAUAUAUCGGAUACAAAAUCUUCAG